AUGGAUUCCUUCAGUGAAAAGGUGUAUUCCGGGGCCCCCGUAUUCCAGCAGACGGGCCCUGAAUUUCUUAAUUUCGUGGGAUGUCUGAUUGUACUCCCUAUUUACUCAAUCGUGACGGGUUAUACGCGCCACCCGUUGACUAUAGACAUCCUGCUGACGAUCUUUGCGGCGGAGUAUAAUCGCUAUGCCAAUGAUCGCCGCCGCCGCCAGCUAAAGAGCCCCCCCGCCAACCUCAGGUUAUGA